GCCUGAUGUUUAGAGUGAGGAUUACUGUGUGUCUGGCCCUCUGACUUACAGGAUGAAUACCUUCCAGACUCUGUUUCUGUUGGCUGCAAUCCUCUCUUUUGCCCAGUCCUUGGACUACUUGGCACUCCACCAGUUCAGAAAUAUGAUCCUGUGCGUAAAGCCUGAUAGCUGGCCCAUUUUGGAUUACGCCGACUAUGGCUGCUUCUGUGGAAAAGGAGGCUCCGGCACACCUGUUGAUGAGCUGGACAGGUGCUGUCAGGUGCAUGACCAGUGUUACUCUGAUGCUAUGCAACACCCUGAGUGCUGGCCCAUCUUUGACAAUCCAUACACUGAGUUAUAUCACUACAGCUGUGACGAAGCAAACCGCAAGGUCACCUGUGGCAGGAAAAACGAUGAAUGUGAGAUGUUCAUCUGUGAGUGUGACAGGAAGGCCGCUGAGUGUUUCGCUGUAUCCCCUUGGAACCCCGAGCACGAGCACCUGCCCAGCGACCAGUGCCAUUAAAAACCAAACAACUGUGACAUGAAAUAUCUGUUUUCUUUUAAAUUUUCACAAGUGAGUUAAUUUGGUGAGGAUCUAUUAUAUUCUAUUAUAUUAGAAAUAUUCACAUAGAUCUGAUGCAUUCAUGUACCAAGUAUCACAAUUUUCACAUUGUAGUUCACUGUAGCUUCCAUCACUUAUAACCAUUCAUCACCCCCUGUGUUUGUAAUUGUUUUUUUUUUACUCCUGAAAAUAAACACAUGUCUGCAUAGUUCAUUUGACCCCUCAUGACGUUCAAUGAUGGCCAGUUAUUUAAUCUUAAUUCAAGUCACCAUAGAGGGCACUAUGGUCCCACUGGAUUUUUUUUGUUGUUUUUUUUCCAGGAAGAAUUUGAUGGUUUUUCUGUCAAGUAACAUCUUUCUUUCAAUUCUGUGUUUUAUUUCUGGUGCAUAUGAAUAUGCUAUGAUAACCUUUGGGGAUUUUAUAGUGUUUAAAAUGUGUUUUUCCUAAUUU